AUGCGACCAACGGGCAUCAUCCCAGAACAAGAAAAACAAAAAAAGGAACUCACUCGAGAGCUCAUUUUGAAUUCCACGGUCCGAGACACAGGACCCCUCCCCCGCUCAACGUCCGUGCAUCUGCGACACGUGCUCCAGAAGAAGAAGAAGAAGAGCUACAAGCUGCACGACUUCUGA